AUGGAGCUGCUGAGCAAAGAUGCGACCACCUUGUAUGGAGAGCACAUUGAGAGGGUGGUGGAAAUCUACGAGAGCGCAGAAGCCGUUCGAGAUCACGAUCCCAAAACAGACUUGAAGAAUUUCAACACAAAGACCCAACAUACAGGGACACACACAUCCCCUGAGAUACCGGAUAUCAUCAGGGAGCAGAAAUGCACUCAAGAUCUGGAGAACAUAAACAGAAGUCAAAGUCAAACGCAACUUUUAGGAGAAGACAAGAAGGUGAGCAGGGUUUAUACACUGACUGCAAUGUGUGUGCUGCUGCUGCUGUGUGUUCUCCUGCUGACUUCAAUCACAGUGCUGGGGAUCAAGAACAAUAUCCUGCGUACAGAAAACAACCAGUUACAAACCAGUUACACCAACCUAACUUUAGAAAGACAGCACUUACAGAAGGAGAAAGAUGGACUUCAGAGAAAAUUGUCUGAUAUUGAAACAUAUACCAAACAAGGAUGGAGCUACUUCAACUCUAGUUUUUACUACAUCUCUACUGAGAAGGAGAACUGGACUAAGAGCAGACAGGAAUGUAGAAACAGAGGGGCAGACCUGGUGAUCAUAGACAACAAAGAGGAAGCGUUCAUCCCUAAAUGGCUACUAAAUAGUAAAACAGCUUGGAUUGGUCUGAGUGACAGAGAGAAGGUGGGGGUGUGGAAAUGGGUGGACGGAACAACACUGAAAACUGGGCACUGGAACAAAGGAGAACCCAAUCAUGGUAAAAUCGAUGAGGACUGUGUUGAGAUUUUGGGCAGCAGUAAAAGCUGGAAUGACAGAUCAUGCUCUGAUCGUUUACUGUUUAUCUGUGAAAUGAACGCAUUUAAUUUGUGAGGUUGUGUCACGGCCACCACAAAGGAUCAUUGUUUCACAUUACAGUCUGUUCUGUUUCCCACCUUGACAGUGCUCACCAGUUUUGUGUUGGUCUCUGUAUUUAAUUUCCUGUAUUUGGGUUUCACUGCUUUUAUAAAACUGUGAAGAACUCUGUAAUAAUAAUGAGUUUACAAUAAUAAUUACUGCAUUUGUAAUAAUCAUAAUACAGUUAUUACAC